AUCAAGUCUGGAAGCAAGGGCUCAAUUUUAACAGAAUCCACCUUAAAAUCUCUCCCUUAACUUAUGCCUACCUUCCGCCACUUUGAGUGAGAAUAUCACAGGACAAGGGGGGAAAUAAAGACGCCUCUGGAAAAUUCGGGUGUUAAUAGGACAAUAUCUGUUCGCGGUGGAGAGGGGGAGAGAGACAACAACACAGCGAGAGAGAGAAAACCGAUUUGGUCUUGAGAGAGAGGGGGUGAGUGCUCUCAAGGCAGAAAAUUCGAUGAUGACCAUGACUACGAUGGCUGACGGUCUGGACGCUCAGGACUCGUCCAAGUCUGCUUUCAUGGAGUUUGGGCAGCAGUCGCACUCACAGCAGAGCUCCCCGUCGAUGGCCAGCGGCCACUACCCGCUGCACUGUCUCCACUCCGGCUCACACGCUCACCACCAGCACGACAACACCCCGUACCCCGGGACCAACACCUACAACAGGUCGUUACCCUACCCCUACGUGAGCCAUCCGCACCACAGCCCGUACCUGCCAUCCUAUCACAACAACACGGGAGGACAGACAAGGUUAGACGGCACAGAGCAGCAGAAAACAACGGUGAUUGAAAACGGGGAAAUUCGUUUUAAUGGGAAAGGCAAGAAGAUUCGCAAACCACGGACAAUUUAUUCCAGUUUGCAGCUUCAAGCACUGAAUCACCGUUUCCAGCAAACACAGUACCUCGCUUUACCGGAGCGCGCCGAGCUGGCUGCCUCUCUAGGACUGACACAAACCCAGGUAAAGAUUUGGUUUCAGAAUAAGAGGUCAAAGUUCAAGAAGCUGCUCAAGCAAGGCAGCAACCCGCACGAGAGCGACCCUAUACCGGGCUCCAUGUCCCUCUCCCCGCGCUCCCCGACCAUCCCUCCGAUAUGGGACGUCUCGGCCUCUUCCAAAGGAGUAAACAUGCCGUCCAACAGCUACAUGCCCGGCUACUCUCACUGGUAUUCCUCCCCACAUCAAGAUUCAAUGCAGAGAUAGACUGAUGAGGCAAGAAGGUCAGUGAGCUGUCUGGAGGCCUCCGGAUCUCCGCCAUGCAGUUUCCAACGUAGCCUACAAUUUGUGUCAGCGCAGAGACUGGAUGCUGGAGAGGAAUGAAAAAAAAAAAAAAAAAAAAAAAAAAAAAGACCGACACCCCCCCCCCCCCCCCCCCC